UGGAGCAAUCGCCAUUGGAGGCCUUUCAGGCUUUGCAGAAGUGAACGGACCCAGCUACAUCCUGUGGGUUCCCCCCAUUGCUCACCCUCCCAGAUACAAGCACGCACACGGCUUCCUGCUGCCGACUGAGCCAGUCCGGGCGAGCUGCAGGAGUUGUGUGGGGGACCUGGAUGGGGCUCGACUCAGAGACGCUGCAUCUCCCCAAGACACAGCCCAGCAUCUGCCCCGCCCCCGCCAAGCCCUGAGAAGAAGGAGGUGAUACUGUGACGGCAGCUCCUCCGAGAAUGGAGUUCCUCCAGGUCUUCUUCCUGGUGCUCUAUGGCUUGGCCUUCCUCACCGGGGCACCAUUGAACGGCUACGUCCUCUUCGUCGCUGGCUGCCGUGUGGAGAGGACGGCCAGCGCCCUGUUGUUCCUGAACCAGGCCGUGUCCAAUUUCAUCUUCAUGCUCUGCGUGCCCCUCAGAAUUGUCUUCAUCUACUUACCGCAUGUAGACUGGGCCAGGAGGCUGAGCAGCACCAUCAUCUCCCUGCACAUGUUCGCCAGCACCUUCCUCCUCACGGCCAUGAGCAUCCAUCGCUGUGUCCUUGCGACACGACCUGAGUGGGCCCAGAAAUGCCUCACGGUCUCCCUGGCCUUCUUGGGCACAUGGGCCCUGUCGGCUGGGUUCAGCUUGCGGUACGGUGACCUCUGGGAAUCCCUCGUCCCAUCUGCCAGCACCAGCAUGAAUUUCCCAGUGGAUUCAGGGAGGGUGAAGGCCGCCGUCGCAAUCCAGUUCCUGGCCGGGUUUCUGAUCCCAUUAGCCUUAAGCCUGAUCCCAACCUUCUGCAUCGUUCUCGCUGCCAGGCUGGGAAGGAACCGGCUGAUCCAGGCCACCCAGCCCCUCGAGAUCCUUCCUUGCUUGAUCCCGACCUUUUUCCUCUGCUGGCUGCCGUAUCACGUCUUCUACUUCCUGCGGAUUACAGCUCUGUACUUGGUGCCUUACAAAGACACUGAAAUCACCUUGGCUUGUGUCCUGGCGCCGGUGUGUUUCUACAGCUGCCUUAGUCCCAUCUUGUAUCUCACCAUGGAGGAAGAGUUUCUGAGGUACCGGCAACAUGCUUGCAACCCGCACACCACAGACCACUCAGGGCUAGAACUGGCCAACAGCCCCAUUCUCCUGCGCCGUCCCCGUCUGGCCCCGAGGUGCGAGAGCCAAUUUUAGGGGAUGCAGGGCCCAGAAUUUCGAUAUUUCCUGGAGGAAGAAUUCUGUGCACUAGGACUAAUAGUUUCCUUUUGACCCCAAAAUCGUCUUUUAUGGCAAGUGAAUUCUGGGCCUCCUUUUGCAGGAUUAGAAAACUUGCCUUGUAACGAGAGCCAAGAGAUCCAGGCGCUAGAUCCGUGUAGCUGAACAAAGAGCAGGUGACUACAUCCCAGUCUGUAAGAUAUUCAGACUGGAACAGAUAUUGAACUAUGGGAUCUCGAGAUUCAGGUCAGGAGACUGGAGCAGGGGGGCUCAAAGCAGAGAGUGCAGGAUUCAGGACAUGGGGCUAAGUGUGGGGCGUGAUGAGUGGGGGGGCCAAGGGCUCUAUUUCGGGGACUGUAAGAGGCUGAAGCCGCACAUACCAUCUCCCUGUCGCUUUUCCUGCUUCCUGUGACUAGGGAGUGAGGGAAAGUGCCCAGCCUCCUGCAUCCUCUCGCUUCGGGCUGCUCAGGGGAGGGGCAGAGGAGGGAGGCAGCAGGCUCUGUGCUUCCCCUCACUCCCUAGGCACAAGAAGCAGGGAGCUGGUAUGUGCGGUUGCAGUUCCUCAUAUUACUUCAAAAUUGUGGUGGCGACGGGGGCCCUCAGGGCUAGGUCUUGUAGCUGAGCACAGCAGGAAGCCUGGAACUGAGCUGGGAGCAUCCCUCCCCCUGCAUCCAAGCGCCCCAAUCAGUCGGCUUCAUGCCGGAGCUCCGCACGGGGGCCCUGCCUUCCUCUCCCCUCUGGAAAUCCCUCCUUUGGCUUGUUUGAAACCUGCCACCUCCUAAUUUCAUUUGGCGACCCCUACUGCUUGUGUUCUGAGGUAGAGGAGGAUGCACCACUGCCUUAUGUACCUCCUCCACGCCAGUCAUGGGUCUAUAGAUCACUGUCAUAUCCCCCCCAUCGUCUCUGCUCCGAGCUGAGCAGUCCCAGUCUCUUUGAUCUCUCCUUAUAGAAAGGCUGUUUCAUACCUUGAUCAUGUCUGUUGCCCUUCUCAGUCCCUUUCCCAUUCCCUGUUUAUGGAGCUUUCAAGGUGUGGGCGUCUCAUGGCUUCCAACAGAGGCUGUGUGAUCCGACAUUUCUGCCAUGUUCGCUGUCCCUUUCCUAAUGCCUCCAAAAUUCAAUACAAUU